CCAAAUGGACCAACCCAACAACCACCUUCCCUGCGACGCCGACGGCCAAUGCAUGCUAUGCAAACGCAAACCACCUCCUUCCGAAACUCUCACGUGCUGCACGUGCGCCACCCCCUGGCACCUUCCCUGCCUCCCCUCUCCCCCCCUCUCCCGCUCCUCCGACUCCCACUGGGACUGCCCCGACUGCUCCCUCGCCGGAGGAGACGCCGCCCCUGCCCCCGCCCCCUCUUCUGGCCACAUCGUCUCCGCCAUCCGCGCCAUUCAGUCCGACACCUCCCUCACCGAUCAACAGAAAGCCAAAAAGCGACAAGAACUCCUCGCUGGCUCCGUCAACCCUUCAUCCGAGAAGAGCAACGUCAGUGGCGUCCUCGACAUCUUUGACGGAAGCUUGAACUGCUCCUUCUGCAUGCAGUUGCCGGAGAGACCCGUCACUACGCCUUGCGGUCACAACUCCUGCUUGCGAUGCUUCGAGAAGUGGAUUGGGCAGGGAAAGCGCACCUGCGCCAAUUGCCGGAGCCAAAUUCCGCCGAAGAUGGCGUCUCAACCUCGAAUCAACUCUCAGCUCGCCAUCGCCAUCCGAUUGGCCAAGGCGGCCAGGUCAGGCUCCGCUGCCGCCGGACCACCCAAAGUCUACCACUUCCUCCACAACCAGGAUCGUCCUGACACCGCUUUCACCACCGAGCGAGCCAAGAAGCCCGGCAAGGCCAACGCCUGCAGUGGGAAGAUCUUCGUCACUGUUCCACCUGACCACUUUGGACCCAUUCCCGCCGAGAACGAUCCCACUCGGAACCGCGGCGUUCUUGUUGGCGACACGUGGGAAGACAGGAUGGAGUGUCGGCAGUGGGGUGCUCAUCUUCCUCAUGUCGCCGGCAUUGCUGGCCAGAGUGGCCAUGGGGCACAGUCUGUUGCACUUUCCGGUGGUUACAUUGAUGAUGAGGAUCACGGCGAGUGGUUCCUUUACACUGGCAGUGGUGGGAGGGAUCUUAGCGGCAACAAACGCACCAAUAAGGAACAGUCUUUUGAUCAAAAGUUUGAGAACAUGAACGAGGCCUUGAGAGUUAGCUGCCGAAAGGGUUAUCCUGUUCGAGUUGUAAGGUCGCACAAGGAAAAACGUUCUUCAUAUGCCCCCGAAUCUGGAGUGAGAUACGAUGGAGUCUAUAGAAUAGAGAAGUGCUGGCGCAAAGAUGGAAUACACGGUUGCAAGGUUUGCCGGUAUCUGUUUGUGAGAUGCGACAAUGAGCCGGCGCCAUGGACAAGUGAUGAAUGUGGAGACCGCCCACGCCCACUGCCCAAAAUUGAUGAGUUGAAGGCUGCAAUUGAUAUAACCGAAAGGAAGGGUGCUCCAUCCUGGGAUUAUGAUGAGGAAAAGGGCUGCUGGUUGUGGAAGAGACCUCCGCCAGAAAGCAGGAAAUCCGUUGACAUUGUAAAACCUGAAGAUAGGUCAACAGUAAGAGUUAAACGAAAAGCGAAAAAUGUGUCCGUGAAAGAAAAACUAUUGAAAGAGUUUGGUUGCCAAAUCUGUCACAAAGUUUUGGCUUUCCCUCUUACUACACCUUGCGCUCACAAUUUUUGCAAAGCCUGUCUGGAGGGUGCCUUUUCUGGCCAAAGUUUCAUCAGAAAGAGGGCAUGUGAAGGUGGUCGCACUUUACGAGCACAGAAAAACAUUAUGAGAUGCCCAUCAUGUUCAAAUGAUAUUGCUGACUUUCUUCAGAAUCCACAGGUUAACAGAGAAAUGAUGGGCGUUAUAGAAUCACUCCAGCGGCAGGCUGAACAGAUGGAUGAUAAUUCUGAAGAGUCGAGCGAUAAAAAUGAUGAAAAUCUUAAGAAUGUGGAUGAUGGGACAGAAGUUGUUAAAAAUAGUGAUUCAAGUGAGAAGGUACUGGAGGAAAUUAAGGACAAUGAUCUGAAUCAGCCACACACGCGGAGGAAAGGUGCUGGUGGUGCGGUUAUGGUGAAUAUAGAUGAACAUACUGGGGAUGCUGUACACUAG